AUGGCAAACGACUUUUCUCUUUUUACGUCGCUCAGAUUUGACGUCAAGCUCAAACAGGUCCCAGCCAUGGGUCUGGCGUAUGCUGGAUGGAACUACCGAAAUGAGUCACCACUUUACAUGCUCGAUUAUCACCGAGAUCGCAUCCUGCGAGCUGCUGCGCAUUGGGGAUGGGACACGGUGGUUGACAAGCUAUCUGGAGAUGCAGGUCUUGCAAACCUUGCCAGAGCGGCAGAGGCUGCAGUUGACCCUUCAGAGACUGGCCCAUUUCGACUACGAAUCUUGGUUACCAAAGAAGGCAUCAUCACAUUCCAUCAAUACAGCACUGCUGCUCUCGACAUUGGUAACCUUUUUCCAGAGGCACUCCCCGAACCAGGAAAAUCACCGAGCCCAAGCCAGCCGCAGGUUCCGCCGCGACUGGCUGUCGUCGUGGACAGUGUCGAUUCCCCAAGGUCCGAAUUCACUCACUUCAAAACGACCAAUCGGAAACUGUACGACGAAGCCCGGGAAAGAGCAGAAAUAGGCUCUGUUCAUGCAGCGAAUAGCGUAGAAGUCCUGGUAAUCAACCAAGAGGAUAACAGCAUUAUGGAGGGAAGCACCACGACACCAUACUUUUGGCGUGAUGGGAGGUGGAUUACGCCGCCUGUGUCUGCCAAAUAUAGCAGGCAUGAUGGUAGUGGAGGAAACGAUGGCACGUCCCGACGAUGGGCCCUAGAACGGCGCGUGGCGGCCGAGCGAGAAAUCAGAGUUGAUCAACUUGUUGACGGAGAGGCGUGCUACAUAAGCAACGGCGUGAGUGGAUUCAGAGCUGGAACCAUCAGUUUGAGAGUAGAGAGGACCAACGAUUGA